CGGGGGUUUCCGGUGAUGCGCGUGAGUGUGUGCGUCAAAUUCAGCGUUUAAAUCAAGCGGAAUAAAGGCGGAUUAAACCGGAGGAGAUGGAGAGGCGCGAGCUGUUAGAGGAGCGCUUUAACCGGUCUCUAAAUAUAAAUGAUGCAGACAAUGACGAUAAAUACGAGAGGCUCAGACAGCAGGGGAAGGAGGCCGCUCAGCGUGGUGACUUUGAGAUGUCCCUGCGGUGUUUCCGGGAGGUGUUCGCUAUACGGCCGAGCGACAGGAUACGGAGUCGAAUCGAGCUCCUGGAGGAGGCCAUAAAAAAGCAGGAAGAGGACGAAGACGAGUUUGUUGACGUUCUUGCCAGCGGGUUAAUGAUGUACAAAGGAAUUUACGAUCAGCUGUACGAGCACCAGAAAGAGGGCGUGGCCUUCCUCUACAGCUUGCACAAGGACGGGCGGGUCGGUGGCAUCCUGGCCGACGACAUGGGCCUGGGCAAGACGGUGCAGAUCAUCGGCUUCCUGUCGGCCAUGUACGACGCCGAACUGGCCAAUCACACGCUACUGGUCAUGCCCACCUCCCUCAUCAAGAAUUGGCUGAGCGAGUUCAAGCGCUGGACCCCCGGCCUACGCGUGAAAGAGUUUCACGGCAACAGCAAAUCGGAGCGCACCCGGAACCUGGAGCGUGUUCAGCGAGGGGGAGGAGCCAUCAUCACCACCUACCAGAUGUUGAUCAACAACUGGCAGCAGCUGGCAUCAUUCGGAGGGCAAGAGUUCUUUUGGGAUUACAUAAUCCUCGACGAGGCACACAAGAUCAAAAGCUCAUCGACCAAGUCGGCGAAGAGCGUAAGCGCGAUCCCGGCGCGGCACCGGAUCUUGCUCACCGGCACGCCCGUCCAAAACAACCUGAGGGAGAUGUGGGCACUGUUCGACUUUGCCUGCAAGGGGGCGUUGCUGGGCAGCGCCAAGACGUUUAAAACAGAGUACGAGAACCCGAUCACCCGGGCGAGGGAGAAAGACGCCACACCCGGGGAGAAAGCGCUCGGGCUGAAGAUCUCGCAGAACCUGACCGAGCUCAUCAGACCCUACUUUCUGCGCAGAACUAAAGCCGAGGUACAGAACAGGAAGCAGCUCGCGCACAGGGAUAAAGAAAAGGCUCAGGAUCAGGAUGUGUGGAAUCAGCAGAGCGCCGUGGUGAAACAGAUCCCGUCUCUAACCCGUAAGACAGAUCUGAUCGUGUGGACUUACCUGAGUGUGGUUCAGGAGGACAUCUACAGGCAGUUCAUUUCUCUGGACCACAUCAAACAGCUGCUGACCACCACGCGCUCGCCGCUAGCUGAGCUCACCGUCAUCAAAAAGCUCUGCGACCACCCCAGGCUGCUGUCCGUCCGCGCCGUCACCCAGCUCGGACUCGGGGCGGGGCCGAAGGACUUCCAGGACGACGACGGCCAAUCGGCUGUCAGCAGCAUCGUGGCCGUCUCCGACGAGACGCUUAUCGGCGAGUCGGGAAAGCUUUGCUUCCUGGUGAGGCUGUUGGAGAAACUGAGGGACGAGGGCAAGCGCACACUAGUCUUCUCCCAGUCCAGGAAGAUGCUGGACAUCAUUGAGCACGUGCUGACCAACAGAAAGUUCUGCCUGCUGCGCGUGGACGGGACCAUCACCCAGCUUGCAGAAAGGGAGAGGCGCAUCACGCUGUUUCAGACGGAAGACCGCUACUCCGUCUUCCUGUUGACCACACAGGUGGGUGGAGUCGGUCUCACCCUCACCGCCGCCAACAGGGUGGUGAUCUUUGAUCCCAGCUGGAACCCCGCUACUGACGCGCAGGCAGUGGACAGAGCGUACCGCAUCGGCCAGACGCACGACGUCAUCAUUUACAGACUCAUCACCUGUGGGACUGUGGAGGAGAAGAUCUACAGACGACAGGUAUUUAAGGACUCUCUGAUCCGCCAGACAACAGGUGAUAAGAAGAACCCGUUUAGGUACUUCUCCAAGCAGGAGCUGAAGGAGCUUUUUACGCUGGAGGAUACGCAGUCCUCCUCCACUCAGCUGCAGCUGCAGUCGCUCCACUCGUCCACGUGCCGCGCUGACCCCGAGCUGGAGUGCCACGUCUCUGCUCUGAAGGCCAUGAACGUGUUUGGCGUGUCUCACCACGACCUGCUGUUCUCUAACGAGGAGGAUGAGGACACGCUCCACGACGAGGAGACUCACUACAUCGACCAGCGUGUGCAAAAAGCGCAGGAGCUCGUCCAGGCCGAGUCGCAGCUGCACAGCCUCACGAUGGACAGCGUCGGCCAGAACACAGAACCUGCCUGGCUCCGGUUGUCACGGCAAAACACAGCCAUCGUUGUUGACAGCAAAAGCCCGCCCUCCCACCAUAACCCCGGGCCGUCCGCGGUGGUGGAUCUUACCCAGUCGGAUGAGCUGGAAAUGAUAAGCGGAGAUGGAGGGAUGGAGGUGAAGGACGAGGGUGUGAUCGAUUUGUCCACGCAGGUGACAGAGGACUGUUCUGUCGGACGGGUGUGUGAGAGCAUAAACGAGGAGCAGAGUGUAAUCAUAAAGGAGAAAUCUGAUCUCACACACUCUUUUUCAGAUCAGAACUCCGUGUAUGUCUCCCCCUUAAAACGCUCAGACUCACCUCUGCAGGAGACGGAGUCAAAGAUAAAUAAAGUCUUCUCAGAGAUGGAGCUAGGGUCCCCCGCAGUCUGCGUCCAAAAGGAUUCGGACACGUCCGAAGCACUGGAGGGGGCGGGGUUGGAGUCAGCGCCAGGAGACGAGGCAGACUUGUCUAAUUCUAGGGCGUUAGUGGAGUCCGACUCCAGAGUUCUAACUGGAGCGGAGUCUUUCCAAGGAAACUUUAACCUGCAGCUGGAGGACAGUGCAGAGCUGCUGUCGGAUGACAAGCAGGAGGAGGCGGAGCAGAACGAGGAGGAGCUAAGCACAGGGGGUGAGGACUUCCAGCUGCAGAUGGAUGACAGCAGGGAGAAUUUGGACGAGAGUAACUGCGACAGUGUAAGGCAGAAGACUGGAGUUUUCACGCCAGGAGACGAGUCACUUCUGUGGCCCACCAAGAAGAAGAAGCUGCGCGUCAUCUACGAUAGUGAAGAGGAGGGGCAUGAGAAAGAGGAAGUGGAAAACCCGGUUUUGGCCAGCAGUCCGUUAGCCUGCAGCUUCAUCGGCCUCGGGUGUUCCACUCCUAGAUCUGUGCUGAGUAACGGAACCAAGCAUAGGCGCAGCAUGAACGUAUCGAUCGCAUCACGGCGCUCGCUGGUGGAGUCACUGCUGCACGAUAUGGAGGAAGAGGAGGAGGAGCUAGAGCAGAGGGAGAAGUUUAAAGAGGAGGAGCCAGAAGAGGAAGGGCAGGUGGAAAAGUCAGUGAAAGGUGAGGGGUCAGUUAAUGGGGAGGAGUCUAUAUAUGGGGAGGAGUCUAUAUAUGGGGAGGAAUCUGUGGGGGCGGAGGAGUCAGUGGAGCAACAUAGCUCUAAAAGGGUAGGGUUUAACCAAGCAUCUGAAGCUAGCAGAACAUGCUCUGAUGAAUCAGUGUUGGAGGAGGCGGAGCCAAGUGGAGAAACACUUAAUUCAGAAUACUUGAGUGAGUCUGAGGAGGCAGAGGAGGCGUGUGAGGAGGAGGAGGCGUGUGAGGAGGAAGGGGAGACGUGUGAGGAGGAAGAAAGUAAUGGAGCAAAGGAUUUCACUGAUGAAUCGUCUGAUGUUGAACUGGCCUCCAGUGAAGUUUUGGAUCAGUGUGCGCCCACUGAAGGUCAAAGUCUGACCCCUGAUAAUGACAAACCUCCAAAGGAAACCUUCAACUCACUGGUGCAUUCUGGGAAACGCUGUUUGGCUGAAGGGAGGAAACAGGAAGCAUUGGAGUUUUUUCUGAAAGCCAUUGACAUCAACACUGGAGACACCGAGAUACAACUGCUUAUUAUCCAACUGUACAGACACCUGAGUCACUGACUGACACACACACAUAUACAUACAUACACAGACACGUAUACCUACAGACACUAGACACACACACACAUUUAUAUUGAUGCUAUUAUUUUCCUCUUUUUUCAGUUUGUAUUAUAUUUGAAAUAAAAAUGUUGAAAUAAAUUUAAUUAUCCUGUUAUUAAAAUAAACUGUAGCUUUGCUGUG